UUGACAAAAUAAUUUCAAUCGUACAUUGGCUUUGCAACACUACAAAUCACCCUUCCGCAUAUUUGAAAGUAAAAAAUUUGUCAUAUACCCAGACGCAUACAAGAAAAGAAAUUACCAUUUAUUUGGCUAAAAAUUCGUAAAUUUUUUAAGCAUUUCCUGUCUGUUAUUGGCGAGCUUGUCACUGUGUGUGUGUGUGAUAUUAUUGUUGGGUCGUUGACGUUGGCAGCUGCUGAUUGAGAAAAAUCAAUUUUCUGCGGAAGUUUUUUUGCUUUGAUUACUUUUGCUGCAAUCAAAUAUUAUUAAACAAAAAUGAGUUCUCAAGGUAAUUGUUUUGUUGUCAUGCCACCAAAUUGUGCCACAGACACCGUCAUCUUGGGACGUAAUGCCGAAAAUGAAAGUUUGGUGGGUGUGGCCCAAGAAGUCUGCUUUUAUGAUAAUUCCGAGUCUCUAGAGGGAAAGAAUGAGUUGGUAGGCGAAGCUGAUGCCUUGAGGGUUAUAUUGCAAAAACCCCAGCCUGGAGUUUGGGGUGGUGACUGUGGCUCUAAUGAGCGUAAUGUCAGUGUGGCCAUCACUUGGAGUAAUGAUGCUGAAUGUGACUUGACGGCAUUCGAUGUAGUACGUUUAUCUUUGGCCACUGCCGAUUCUGCUGAUUCGGCUGUGGAUCGUGUAGGAGAUUUAGUGGCCCAUCAUGGCAACGACGACACUAAAUUCAGUUUAAUUAUCUGUGAUCCUUCAAAAGUCUGGCUGAUUAGUUGUGCUGGCAAAUUGUGGGCUGCCCAGCAAUUAACCACGGGCUAUCAUCAUUUGCCCAGUGAUGGUUUGGCGGUGACCAAAACUAUUGACAAAUCUAUUGAGGGGUUGGCUGAUGCCUUGAAGACUUUGGGAUGCUGGGAUGGUGAGGGCGACCUCAACUUUGCUGCCUGUUUCGAAUGUUCUCCCAACUCCUCCACCGACUGGAGUGGCGAUGAACCCUCCGACGACGGCUCCUAUUCGCUAACCAGCAUGUUCGAGACUUUACGCUCUGCCGCCAAUGCGGCCACCUCACGUUCGGCCAGUGUUUUUGUGUUGUGCAAUAAUGGCAUUUCAUGUCACUGGUUCACCGCAACACCCAAUGCCAGCGAAUCGGUAUUUAAACCGUUCGUAUUUGCACCACAACCCAAAAUAUCACCACUCACUAAAGUGCCAGCUGAUAAUGAAAUAACAUUAUUGCACAAACUGCAUGGACAACGUAAGCCGGCCUCUCUGGAGCAUUUGAAAGCUUUAGAGGCCGCUUGUGUUGAAGAAGUAGCCGCCUAUUUGGCGGAACAUCCCGAAGUCAAUGAGGAAUUGGAUGAAUUGAUGAAGGAUUGUGUAGAAGCUGAGGUAAAAUUCUAUCGUUAAAUUGAAGACGUAAGUCUUUAAGCUAAAAGGAAAUAAUGU